AUGUCGUCGCAACUUCCUCCUCUCAAUAUCGAUGGUUCUCCUCAACAAAUCUCCUCUAUAGGUGAAAGAGUCCGCUCAAGCAUCGAUCAUGGUUAUCAACUUCCAGCUAGUAGCAUCCGUACACCAGAAAUAACGAGUUCAACCAAUCUCCGUGCUAAGCGUGUUCCCUUGCCCUCUAAUCUGUCGCAGCCUCCGGAUUUGGUUUCUGCUGCCUCCUCGUCUUUCUCUACAUCUACUAUGACGAUGUCUUCUUCCAGUCUCUCCUGCUGGGAAGACGAAAUCAAUCAGCCUAAUAGAAGACAUAUGCAAACUUUAGAUGAGACUUUUGAAGUGGUUGAUAAAAAGGGUAUCAAACAUAGUUUCAAUGAGUUUCAGAUUGUUGAUGACUUUGCCAAGCCAAGAGAUCUUCCUGAGUUUAUCGCUGAUUAUGGUCCAUUAAGAUUUAAUGAGGCUUUCUGA